CUUUCCAAGCGUCUUCACUGGCACUGUGGACUUGGUUUGCGCAGGGAGCACUGUGGCGUCGGCUGUCCUGGCUGAGGUGUACAGGUCUGAACCAGAGAUUUUAAAAUGGACGCCGCUGAUGUUCGUUUCAUGGACUUUAAAGAAAUUGUUGAAAACCUGAUUGUAGAAGACAGUUCAUUUAUGGUAUGUGAGGCGAUUGAUAGACUCUUCGCGGACAUAGCAAUUAUCAACAGCGAGUUUAUGGCUGAAAUACAGGACUCUGAGCUUGAAGAAAUGGCAGUAAACCUGUGGAACUGGGCAGUUACCAAGAAAACAGCUUUGGGUUUAAGUGAAGAGCAGAUCGCUAAAGUACAGCAUGUUGCUUGCAAGUUGCAGUGUAUGUGUGAAGGCUCAGCUGCUUCAGAAGAAGCUAUUCGAAGACAAAUUUUGGUAAGUCCUAAUUAAAUCAGGAGAAAG